AGAAAUAUUAGCGGGUUAAACCACGUCCGCAGUUUACAGCACAGUCAUACACAUUGAAAUAUUACAGACAUUAAAAUAUUUACAGCGCGCAUUUAAGUAGCACAUGUCAGUUCAGUAAGACUCGUCUUAGUGUAAAAGUGUCAAGUCUUUCUUUAGUUACACAUGCAGUAUCUUAUACUAAUUAGUUUGUUGUGUCUAAUAUUUAAGUAUGCAAACACAUUACUAUGGUAUAAACGAGUGAAUCGACAUACGGAUACAUCUUAUGAAGAUCUUGAUUAUGAAUAUUGUGAAUGCGGAAAGAGAAAUGUAUUUUCAUUGUCAUCCAGAAUAAUUGGGGGACAAGAAGUUUCUGAAAAUGAAUAUCCUUGGAUGGCUGGUAUUAUAAGCGUCAAUAGAUCACGAGUAAUCUGUGGAGCGUCAAUUAUAAACGAUCGUUAUGUAUUAACAGCAGCUCACUGCAUUGUUUAUGGUUUCAAUAAAGAUGAUCUGAAAGUAACUGUCGGUGCUCAUGAUUCAUGCAAAUGGGAUGCGAAGAGUACGAUCUUUUCUGUUGAGAAUAUUUUUCCACAUCCAAAUUAUGAUAGCCAAACACAUUUUGCCGAUAUUAUGCUGGUUAAACUAAUUAUGCGAAUUUCCUUUAACAAAUUCGUUAGACCAAUUUGUUUACCAAAACCUGAAUGUGGAGUAUCGGGAGGAAUAUCAAAUCGCAUUGUCGGUGGAAAAAUAACAAUCCCGCACAUAUUUCCUUGGGUCGUGGUAAUAUUCAACAAAAAAGCUCUUCAUUGCGGAGGCACAUUGAUUAAUGAUCGAUAUGUGUUAACUGCCGGACAUUGUGUUAAGUGGGUUCACGCUGCCGAUCUCUCAGUCGGCAUAGGAAUGCACGACAUUGAAAAUUUAAAUGAGGGAUAUAUAGCUCAAAUCGAUGAAAUAAUCUUACACGAAAACUUUGAAAGUGACGACCUCCAUGAUAUAAACGAUAUUGCCCUGAUUCGGCUACAGCAUCCAAUUGAAAUAAAUGAAAAUGUGAAACCUAUAUGUCUCCCGCAUAAAGAAUCCGAUUACGAGGGACAUUAUGUCAAAGUUACUGGAUGGGGACGUGUCCGUAGGGAAGGAGAUACGUCCAGAUUUCUGCGUCAAGCUACCUUAAAAGUGAUGUCCUGGGCCGCAUGUAGGAAUACUUCAUUUGGAGAGCAUCUCACGGAAUCAAUGAUUUGUGCUUAUAGUGACAAUAAAGAUGCGUGUCAGGGUGAUAGCGGUGGACCUCUCAUGUACGAAAAAAUGGAUGGAAAGUAUGAAAUAAUUGGGAUAGUCUCCUGGGGUAUCGGAUGCGCCGAUCCUGGAAUCCCUGGGAUAUAUGUGAAAAACACGGAUUAUCUGAACUGGAUAAAAUAUCACUCCAACGACGGCAUUUACUGCACGGAUAGAUAGACUUCAUGUAACAAAUAUUAAUAGAAAUAAACGUAAAAUUUAAAAUUAAAUUUUAUUUAUUUUAAUCAUAUAUUCGAAAUAAAGAUAUUCUUUGAAGUAUAUUCGAAAUGUGCAAGUUUCACAAAAACCUCGUUAUUCUCGUCGUUAUUAUCAGAACAAAUGCUAUGCGUUCAUAAUAAUUUAUUCACAGAGUCAAAUACAAUACACAAGCAAUCUAAAAUACAAAAAGAUUUAAUAUUUUCAAGUUAUGUUGACGAAUGUUCAUAGGCAACGUUCAAUUUUAUUUUAUCAUCCAUAUAAUUACUUUUGUUGCGUUUGCGAUAACGCUGUGAUCGUUUGGUGAAACAGUCAGCGUUGAUUAAAACGUGUAUGUUUUAAUGUUAUUAUAACCAAUGGUACAUUAUUUCAAAAGAAGUAGAAAUUCGAGCAUAUUAUUUUUUUGACUUAGGUAUGCAUAUAAAAUAUUCCAGAAAAUAUUUUAUUUUUUUAAUGAUAGGUUUUUUAGUUAACUUUCUUUAACUAAAAUAUUGAAGUUUAUUCCUCAAAAUUAAUCGUCAGAAAUUAAUUCCCAAUUUCCAUUAAAAAAUCUCUCAUUAAAGAAAAAUUGAACAAAAAAAAAUUAAGUUAUUAUAAUAUAUUGCUUAUCUUCUUAUUUUACGUUAUUUUCCAUAUCAAAAUAUUCUCAAAUAAUUUUUAUAUUCAUAUAAGAUUUAUAUAAGGAAGCCAUUUUUCAUAUAAUUAAGGAAAAUAGAAAUAAAAAUUGUUAAUCAAAAUAUACAAGUAAUUCACAAAAACUCUGUUGACAUCUAUACAUUAAUUAAUAAACAAUAUUUUCAAUAGUAAAUUAUUUACAUUUUUUAAGUCGAGUUGUGUCUGCAUUUUGAUGCUGCUUCACGUAAAUGUGCUUAUAUUCAUUAUAUGCACAAUUUAGAACGUAAUAUAAUUUACAAAAUUUAUCAUGAUACAUAGAUGUUACCAAAAUGAUAAAAAUAUUAACUGUCUAAAAUAGUAUAAAUAGUAAAGAAGUAAUUAUGAAGACAGUUAUUACGAUGCAAUUCAGUUAUUUAAUGCUACAUACAAAUAAUUAUGUUAAUAUAAAUAAUUAUUUAUUUCCAUUAAUAAUAAAUAAACUAAAUUAAAUAUAAAAUAUGAGAACUUGCGAGAAAUAAUAUGAUAAUUGAGUACCAUAUAAUCCAUUUGCUUUUUAAUUUAUAAAUCCAGUCCAUCCUCUAGUACCAUUUAUUUCAUUAUUUAUUUGCUAUACAUAUUUUAAAUCCAUUUAUAAAUUGUAUUGUAAAAACCUACAAUAUUAACAUUGAAUUUUAAUUACAUAUAAAUGGACGGUACUUUUUAUGUUAAAGAAUAUAAUGCUGAAAAAAAUCUGUUUUUAUAUAUAUAUCAUGUAAAUCCAUUUAAUUAAAAGCUAAGUAAUUAUUUUAGCAAACAUUCAAGAGAAUAAAAAUUUAUAACUGUAAAAAAUUUAAAACAGAUAUAGCUUUUCGAUUUUGUUGUUCGUAGAAGACGAUCGAAACUGCUUUAAUGUGUAUCUUAGAUCGUCCCAUUAAAAAGGUUCACCGUGAAACCUCAAACUUUUAAUUUUUAAUGAAUUUUUUAAUAAAUUAAGGGAAAAACUUGACAAUAAUAAAAUAG